AAAAAAAAAAAAAAAAAAAAAAAAAAAAAAAAAAAAAAAAAAAAAAAAAAAAAAAAAAAAAUUGGCCCUGGUGUACCCAUGGCGUACCCACGCCGUACCCAUAGCGUACCCGUGGCGUACCCAUACCGUACCCGAAUAAGCCAAACGUACCGGACCCUCUUUUGCCGUACCCGGUACGCGUACCGCCGUACCGGUACGCGUACCCGCACCCAGUAAGUACCCGGUACUUGUACGGCACUAUUUUUGGAGUACCCGUGCUUCAUAGGUUUUCUCACAGAUUUGAUAAAUUGCACUUCCAUGGUUGAGUUGUUAGUGGCACGAAAUAAAUUGAGCGGCACCCUACCCAGUUCUAUUGGAAAUCUUUCAAACUCUUUGCAAGAACUUGAUAUAUCUGAAAACCAACUAAUUGGUACAAUUCCUAAAGAGAUUGGUUCUUUGAGAAAUUUGACUUCACUUGCAUUGGCUUACAAUAAUCUAAAUGGAAACAUCCCCUCAAAUCUUGGAGAAAUUAAAAGCUUGCAAAGGUUGUAUCUUGGCGGUAACAACUUUCAUGGAUCAAUUCCAAAUGAGAUUUGCCUUUUGAGCAACUUGGGGGAACUUUAUGCAGACAAAAAUAAGUUAUCUGGAUCGAUCCCAAGUUGCAUGGAAAAUCUUAGAGGUUUGCAGGUGAUGAAGCUUUCUCGUAAUAAAUUGACCUUUACACCGUCGAGUUUAUGGAACCUUGAAACUUUAAGGUACUUGAAUCUUUCGUUCAAUUCAUUAGGUGGAAGCCUAGAUCCAAACAUAAGACCAUCGAGAGUGAUGGAAAUCAUGGAUUUAUCUUGGAAUCAAAUCUCAGGAAGCAUUCCGAGAGUUAUUGGGUCAUUUCAAAGCCUAACUUCUUUGAACCUGUCUAGGAAUUCAUUCUCGGGACCCAUUCCCAACACAAUGGGCAAUUUGAUAACAUUGGAUUUCUUGGAUCUUUCACACAACAAUCUAUCUGGACAGAUACCUAAGUCUCUUGAGGCACUUUCACAUGUCCAAUACAUGAAUUUCUCUUGCAAUAAGUUGGCUGGGGAGAUUCCAAAUGAAGGGCCGUUCAUGAACCUCACAUCACAGUCUUUCAUGGAGAAUGAAGCACUUUGUGGGAAUCCUAUUUUGAAAGUGCCACCAUGUGCAAGCAAUAAUUCCAAGAAGUCGAUGAUUAAAAUUAAUCUUCGAUACAUUCUUCCUGUCAUUGCAUUGAAGCUAAUCUUUUCUAUUGGUGUGUAUAUUGUGACAAGAAAUCAUGGAAACAAUGUCCAAAGUCAAAAUCUGAUAGAUUUAUAUGCAGCAACGGAGCACAGAAUGAUUUCAUAUCUAGAGCUUCUACGAGCCACAGAUGACUUCUGCGAAGCCAACUUGCUUGGAGUAGGAAGCUAUGGCUCGGUAUACAAAGGUGUACUUUUGGAUGGGACAAAUGUCGCUAUUAAGGUUUUAAAUUUGCAACUUGAAGGAGCUUUCAGAAGUUUUGAUGUAGAAUGUAAAGUGUUGCGAACAACUUGACAUAGAAAUCUUGUUGGAGUUAUAACGACAUGCUCUAAUCCUGAGUUAAGAGCAUUGGUUUUGCAAUAUAUGUCUAAUGGCAACCUUGAAAUGUGGUUAUAUUCUCAUAACUCUUGCCUUAAUCUCCUUCAAAGGAUUGACAUCAUGAUUGAUGUAGCAUUAGCUUUGGAAUAUCUCCAUUAUGGUCAAUUGGAGCUUGUGGUUCAUUGUGAUUUGAAGCCGAGCAAUGUCCUUCUAGAUGAAGACAUGGUUGCACAUGUUGCUGACUUCGGCAUUGCCAAAAUUUUAGCUGAAAACAAGACUGCAACACAAACCAAGACUUUAGGUACGAUCGGCUAUAUUGCUCCAGAGUAUGGCUCCGAAGGACGAGUCUCAACAAAUGGUGAUAUAUAUAGCUAUGGUAUGAUGCUUUUGGAAGCGUUCACAAGAAAGAAACCCACAGAUGAAAUGUUCUCUGCAGAGAUCAAUUUAAGGCAAUGGGUGAGCGCAUCACUUCCCAACAAAAUUAGGGAAAUAGUGGAUGGUGGUUUAUUGAGGAUGCAAAAUGGCAGUGACAUGGUUACCUCACAAAGCAUUCUUCUUGCUAUUUUACAAUUGGGUUUAGAGUGCACCAGUGAUAUACCUAUGGAGAGGAGUGACAUUAAAAUGGUUCUUGUCAAGUUGAACAGGAUCAGAAAGCAACUCCUUCAUAUCCAAAGUAUUUGACAUGCUAAUGCAGAGUGUUUGGCCAUAGAGUUUUCUAAAACUCAUGGACAAACAUA